CUCUAGCCCUCCACCCAAGUGGAAGCUGAUGUAUUUCCUCUCCUUAACUAAAGGAACUGCCAGAAUAAGCAGCUGUGAGCUGGAUGUGAGCACCUCUGCGUAUAACCGUUGGCACUGUUCAACCUUUCUGAAGCUGUAGAGUGAUACCGUUGUACCACUGGUGCACCAACCAGAUAGCACCAUGGUUCCAAGGGUCACUAUCCUUCUCUUUUUGUGUCUUCUCCUCUUCGCAAUCAAGUCUACUCUAGCAGAAGGUGAAACAAGCGAAAACAAGUCAGCUUCAAAUGGCACAACGAAUUCACCUUCCACAUCAGCCAUUUCACCAACUGUCAGCACGACAGGGAACGGGACAAUGAGCCCUUCCAUAAACAUCAGGGGGACACUUGGCAACAAUGAAACCUCAAAUGAAGAAAACAAGUCAGCUUCAAAUGGCACAACGAAUUCACCUUCCACAUCAGCCAUUUCACCAACUGCAAGUGAAAACAAGUCAGCUUCAAAUGGCACAACGAAUUCACCUUCCACAUCAGCCAUUUCACCAACUGAAGCCUACACUAAUCAAACUACUGCAACGCCAAAACAAAAACUCGAUCCUGCCUCUACCAAUGCCACCACAACAUACGGUAAUCCAGAUAAGGGAAGAGAGAACGUUGGAACCUCUGGGCCACAGUCUGGUCAACUGCCUACAAGUCCAAGUAAUCCAGAUAAGGGAAGAGAGAACGUUGGAAACUCUGGGCCACAGUCUGGUCAACUGCCUACAAGUCCAAGUAAUCCAGAUAAGGGAAGAGAGAACGUUGGAAACUCUGGGCCACAGUCUGGUCAACUGCCUACAAGUCCAAGUAAUCCAGAUGAGGGAAGAGAGAACGUUGGAACCUCUGGGCCAAGUACAUCAAGUCCAAGUACAUCAAGUAUGUUACAGAAAGCAGAUAUGAAAUAUUUUUGGCUUUUGUUGCUUGUGGGAGUGGCAGGUGUCUGUGCAUUCAUAUACAUCAGAUGCAAAAAAAAAAGCCCUCGUGCAGAGACGACAGACAGUGGAACUGAGAAUGCUUCAUUCCAAAGGACUGAAAGUAACAAAGAUGGGGUCAUGCUGCUUGGAGUGAAGUCAUCAGGCAGUGAAGCGAAUGCUGCAGCAAAAUAAGCAGAAGGAAGAACUGAGACAGAAGCCUAAGGAAGCAGACACAUUGAGCCUGGGACCUACACUGACUACACAAAAGAAAAACUACACUGAAGAAAAACUACACUGAAGAAAAAUGGAUGAUGAGCAGCAGAAGCUUUACUUAUAGAUAAAGAGGAAUGGGAAAUUUUGGAUAUAAUGUUUGGAUUAUAUAUGUUUAUGUGUAUUGUGAAUUGGAACCCUGGGUUAAUAUGAGCAAAAAAGCUGAACAAAAUAAGCUUUACUUCGUAUUUCCUUUUCUCAGCAAUGUGAGAAAAUAGCAUGAUUUUAUUGCAGCAUCAUUGCUGGGAAGAUGCAUCUAUUCACUUUUGUUCAUUCAGAUUUCUAAGAGUGCUGGUAAUUGUGAUAUAAAUAUUUUUGAGAAAAUAUUUAUAUGAUUAUAGUUCUUUUCCAAUUUGAACAGUUUAAUCUUGCUUAAAAUUUAGACAUGAGAGUAAAGAUUAAGCUGAUAAACAGUAAUGACAGCCUCUCACAGACGUUCUUGUUCAUGUUUACCAAGGGUGCUAAUAAUGCUGCAGUCUAAUGUAUGUAUCAGCUGGAAAAUGACUUCAAGCUUUUGAAAAAGAAUGCUUGGAAACUGAAAAAGAAGAGACGAGGUCUCCUUUGUGUCAUUUAUAUACACAUUUCACUGCCAAAAAUCGGCAGUGCAUGGCGUUUCUGCCACAACAGGAACAUAUUCAUUUAAAGCACUGACCUGCAACCAUUACAGACAUAUUUAUGUUAACAUUACACAGACGGUGAGCAGCUGGUUGGUAUUACGGUUAUGUUGAUCAGUGAGGUCUGGGUGUUGGCUUUAUUUCUGAGUUUAGCAUGUGCUAAAGGCUUUAGUCCAACAAAUCAGGAUCCAGCUCGAGAUCAUAGAUAAACAGACAAUGAUGUAAAGCAGACUUUCCACAGCUUAAAGGGCAGCGUUCUAUUUGUGCAAAAAUAUUUGUGUUAACAUUAUAAUAGUGAUAGGAUUGUUUGUAUUUUACGAUUCUCGUUGGUUAAAAAAAGCUUAUUAUUAAUUAUUUGUUGACAAAAACUACUCAAAAUGGAGUAUAAUCUCUUUAGGAAAUGUUUCUGUUACAGUGAAGAAAAGUUCUGUCUGCUUUUCUUCACCAUGUCAUGUCUGUGGCAGUGGUAAACUUAUGAUUCGGGUUUUUACAAUUUUUCACUUGAUUUCUCAUCAUAUCAUUUAUUUUCUGGAUAAUCACCUGAAAAGUCUUCAGUCUAUACCUUGAAGACCACACUUUACACCUUUGUCUAAUGUCAUGAUUACUCAUAACUUUUGUCUCUUCAUUCUCGCUAGAGCUAAUCAGUAGAAAAUAUUGUUCAGAGAAUAUGCAACACAUUUGUAAAGGCUGGCUUUGGACCAUUUAAGAUGAUGGAAUAUCAAGUCUAAUGUUAUUUGUGUCUCAUUUACUGAACUCAUGUGAGGUUUCAUCAUGGAAUUGUAACAGGUUUCUAAGUGACGUGUUUAGAUGCAUUAUUUUUCAUCAUUUUUAGUUUAAUAAAAAAAUGUGUGAAAUACCAAAA